GCACUUUAGGUUACGAGUUAAAAAUUUGUGUAAGUUUUUGUCAGUGAGUGCAUUCAGGACACUAGCGAAAUCCACAAUUCAUCUACCGGAGCCGCCGCCUCCUCCUGAACGGUUCGCCAAUCCACCUCUCACCACCGCGACUCCCGUCGCAACCGCCGGUAUCACCCUCCAUCUCCCCAUGCCAUGAGUUCCAGUUGAACUUGCAGAACAACAAUGGAGUUCUCCGAAGAAUGGAAGACCCUGUUUCCAAUAGGCGCAUCCACUGUAUCCCCUCUUCUCCUCUCCGAUUCCAACGCCACUGGUCCUCUCUUCUUCAACCCCAUCCCUCACUCCCUCACCUUUCUCCUCUCCUCCACCUCUCCUCUCCCCCCUCUCCAUCUCCCUCCUCACCUCUUACCCUCUCGCUUCCUCGCCUCCUCUGACCCUUCCUCCAUUCUCCCCUCCUCUGCUUCCUCCAUUGCUUCCCUCUUUGCCUCCGACAAUGAAAACUGUAACGCUUCGUUUUUCCUCCGCAACCGUGUACACCUCCUCAGAUACCCUGAUCGCCCAAACGCUGUCGUUUUGUUCCCAACUGGUGCCAAUGAUGAGAAUAUUGGUUUUUUCAUGGUCUACGCUGAGGAUUCGGAGGUGCAGUUUCAGGUUGAUAGUGAAGGGCAUGUUUUUCAGACUGAUACUGGACCUAAGCACCGUAUCUUGAGAAUUUCAGUGACCCCAGUUGAUGAUUUUGGUCUUGGAGAGUCUGGGAGUACAGGUAAAUCUUCCCCUGUUAUUGGGUAUGUGAUGACUUCUACACUGUAUUCUGUUAACUGGUUUGUUGUGAAGCAUAAUUUGGUUCUGGAGAGGCCUAGUGUGUUUUAUUUGGGUGGUAGAGUAUUCAAGAAUUGUCCUGUCCAUGCUUGUUGGAGUCCUCAUAUAUUGGAGGAGAGUUUAGUUUUGCUAGAAAGUGGUGAGUUGUUCUUGUUUGAUUUGGAGUCUCGUGGUUUCGGUACAGAUUUCAAGGGGACGAGGUUGAGAGUACCAUGGGGUGAUUCCGUUGUUUCUGAAAAGAUGGUAUGGUUGAGUUGUGAAUUUAGUUGGCAUCCGAGGAUUUUGAUUGUUGCUCGCUCUGAUGCUGUGUUUUUAGUUGAUUUGAGAUUGAAAGAAUGUAGUGUGACUUGUCUAGUGAAGAUUGAGAUGCUGCGUAUGUAUGCUCCAGCUGAAAAAGAGCAGUUUCUUGCUUUGUCAAGGGCUGGUCCUGAUAACUUUUACUUCGCUGUGGCUUCUAGCAGUCUUUUGCUUCUCUGUGAUGUAAGGAAGCCUUUGAUGCCAGUGUUACAAUGGUUGCAUGGUAUUGAUGGACCAUGCUACAUAAAUGUAUUAAGCUUGUCUAUGUUGAGGUCUCACUCCAAGGAAGAUACUUUUAAGCUGGCUUCUGACUCGGGAUUUUGCAUUAUCUUGGGAUCAUUUUGGAACUGUGAGUUCAAUAUGUUCUGCUAUGGAUCUUCAUUGCCAUUUCAAAAAGGAUCUAUUGCUUCGAAGCUUUCUAAGAUUAGCACUACCUUUCGUGCUUGGGAGCUUCCAUUUGAGAUCAAUGUCUCUUGUCGUGAGUGUCAUUGUGGAAGUUGUCUCUUGAGGGAUGAGUUGUCAAAGGAUGCACUUCCUGAGUGGAUUGAUUGGCAGCUAAAGAAAGAGAUAGUUUUGGGAUUCGGCAUUUUAAGCAAUGACCUUGCUUCCUUACUCUGUGAACCAGAUGAGCAUGGUGGUUUUACACUAAUAAGGCUAAUGUCAUCAGGGAAGUUUGAAUUGCAGAGAUAUCAGGCCUCUUGGGCUGUGGCUAGAAACAUAGAACAUUGCCAUGAACAAGGAUCAUGCUUGGACCGACAGUUAUUGUAUCCCAUGAAUGAUGAGAAAUACAAAUUUCCAAAAAUAUUUCAUUACCUAAAAUUGGACUACCUUUAUGCUUAUGCAAAUGGUAGUCUUACUCAAAACCUUUAUACCAAACUAAAAAAGACUGAUAUGAAUGCUCGAGACAAAGAGCCUUUUUGUGCAGAAGUACAUGAGUUAUUGUGUGAGAAAUUAAAUGCUUGUGGGUUUGGCCAAUCAAGAUUGUGUCCUGCAAUUACUAAUGUUUUCAAAGAUGUCAAGCUACCAACAAGUUUCCAUGAGGUUGCUUUAAGAAGAUUGUGGGCUGACUUGCCUUUGGAGCUAUUACAGUUGGCGUUUUUGAGUUAUUCUGAAUGUCGUAAAGUUACUGGAAACAGCCAAAAUAGUUUAGCUUUGGAAUUUCUAGCUGUUCCAGCCCUUCCUCAAUUGCCCCCAUUUUCACUAAGGAAAUCUUCAUCCCACAGCAAUGAUGACAUUGUGGGUCCUGUCAUUCCUUUUCCUGUUCUACUUGUGCUUCAUGAAUUUCACAAUGGCUACUCAGAUUCAGAAAGAGGUCAAUUUUCACUAGAAGCAGAGAUUGAUCUCAAAUACAAUGAAGUUAUGCAGGUGGCUCGUGAGAUUUCUGUUUCAGCUUCCUCUACGCACAUGGAUGAUCAUGCAGUCUCCCUUGCUGAUGAUGGGGAGGAUACCAGGGUCGGUUCUUCAAAAUCUAAAUGUGUAUACUGUCCAGUUGCAUUCAAUUUCUCUGCCGCGAACAUUGUACCGGGAAACUCUGUUUAUAGGGAUUCAAAUUAUGAUACAUUUAUUUUUCAUGUCUCUGAGAGUAAGCCUUGUGAGCAGACUGAAUCUGUUGGGCAAGAGAUAUUUGAUGAUCUUUGCCCCGUUGAGUUGAGGUUUGAUGCUCCUGUAAAGAAGUUUGAAUCUCAGGAUUUAAAGGCAUACAAUCUAUUGAAGAGACAAAUGUCUAAGUGGCAAGAAAAUUUUGAUUUGUAUAAGGAAUUUUGCAUUCAAUCUAACUUCGAAAAAGUAGUGAACAUAUAACCCCUCUCUUAUCUAUCCUCACUGCCUUAGACCACGAGUUAUUGAAGAAGCUGAAUUUUGUUCCCCACAAUAUGCUGUGUUUGGUAGAUCCUUGGAGACAAAACAAGAAGUUGUAAUCUUCCGUAAGAAAGCAAGUUUAAGUCUAUUUACUGGAAGGCCUAGAAGUCCAGAAGUUGUGGUUGAUGAGACAUGGUUUUCAGCUCCAGAUUUCUGUAGGGAAUCAAGUUUGUGCUAUUUUUCAUAAAUUUUAUGCAGAAAUGAAAAACUUGAAGCUCGUGCAGCUAGAAUAUGUGAUUUUGAUAUAGUUUGUUCAAGUCUGGAUUCUAGGCAAUUGAAUUGAGCUGGAAUAUCUUGCUCAGCAAGCUAUAUCACUUCUUUUUCUUUAUCAACAUUCCUAGUCAGGCGUUGUUGAUUUGCAAGAUCACUGGGCUGCAACCUUUGGUGUUUCAAGUGUUAGGAUUUUGGCUAAUAUAAUUUGGAGCAGAUGGUUUCUGAUAGAGUUGCUGCCUAGAUAAUUGGUUAGCAUUUAGCAAUAAGCUUCCAUAGAAUUCGCCCAGAGAUGUUCUCUUGUGAACCUGUUUCUGAUCUAAAGAAGUCAAGUUCAAAUCCAACACAUGUAAUACAGUGAUAGUACACUUCCACAUCAUUUGCAGUGUACAUGGUGCAGGUGCAUCAACUAGUUAUAGUCUCUUAGAGCAAGUCACAACUGUUUAAUUUGUAUACAAUAAUGUACAUGCCUCAAGUGACUGCAUGUUUUGUGUAUGUGUGUGUAUUUCUUUAAUGACACUUUUUGUUUUAGAA